AUUUUAUCGCGAAAACGAAAUUAUUGUGGGGCGAUUUCAAGAAACAUGGAAAAAUUGUGACGUCACGGUUUAAGUUGUUCACGUUUACCCAGUUUGCUCGAGGUUCUUCACGCGCAUAUCUUCUGAGUCGAUAUGCGCUGAUGAGUCCAUUUUUGAACUACUAGUUUCUUAAAAGCCCUGCGGAGUUUGAUCCUUAUCGCCUAUUCGGUUUCCACAAUGUGCGACGAUUACUAUGAAGUGUUAGGAGUCCCGAAAACGGCAACAGAAGAGGAUAUAAGGAAAGGUUAUCGAAAGCAGGCGUUGCGAUGGCAUCCGGACAAAAAUCCCGACAACAAGGAACAGGCCGAGGAGAAAUUUAAGCUGGUCUCUGAGGCAUAUGAAGUUCUUUCUAACAAGGAUAAACGCCAAAUAUACGAUAGAUAUGGCAAAGAAGGACUUUCCGCCAGGCCAACGAACGGAGGGGCUGAAUUUGCCGCAGACUUCGACUUCGACAUGUUCAAUUCCUCGCAAAACUUCCGCAGCCCGGAAGAAGUCUUCAGGGAAUUCUUCGGCUCUUCUUCUUUUCAUGAUAUUUUCAACAUGGUCUUCCAAUCUUUUGGUGGUUUUCAAGACUACUCUGACACAGGAAACACUUCAAGAAGGUCAAACAGAAGAAGGAAUACAGAUUUCUUUGGAAUGGAUGUUUCCAGCGAUGAUCCUUUAUCUGCCGAUUUCGACAGAUUUGCCGAUAAUUUAUACGGAAACGAAUACCUUUUUUCCCAAAGCCCUUCAAGUAAUAGAAGACAAAGGCGUCGAAGACAAGAUCGUGGAUCUCAAAGGCAAACACGGAACAGCGUUCCAAACUUAUACGACCCUUUCGCUUUCACGAGCUUUGAAGACUUCGACACGGUGUUUGAUCAGUUUGUGGACAUGGAGAGAAAUAUGAUGGCUACGAUGGAGCACGUUUUCGGCAGACUUUAAUAAUGGUGUUGAAACAUUAAAAUUACGUCGACGAUUCAAGAAACAGAACUUUUCUCCUGGACACUCUAAAAUCCAUUUAAGAGACCCCAGGAGUGACAAUGGCUUACACGAAACUGCAAAACCACCAUUAUGUUUGAAACUGUGUUUACAGUGGACACGGGAGUUUUAUUCCAUACUUAAUAUGAUUCAGAUGUUUAUUCAAUUAAAUAUAAUUUUUAAGGUGGCGAUGAUCUAAGUUACAAAAGGAUGCCGUAAUGCUGUAGAAUGAAUAAAUGUGCUUUGCUUGAGGGAAUUAUCUCUGAUAACUUUAGAAGGAUAAAUCAUUAGUGUGGUGGCAAACAGAUGCAAAUUAUGUCAUAAAACAUUAAAGAGUCAAGUUGUUCCAAGAAACAUUAUUAGCACCAGCUAAUGAAGAAGAUCUGGAGGGUUAAUUUGUUCAACACCUACUGAUACUGAAAUUUUUGAUACAAGUUAUGGAAUCAAUAUGAAUUUUUUACUCUCUUGCAAUUAUUUUUCGGAGUAUCCAUGUCCUUUCCAAGAUUAGAGGAAGCAUCCUGCAACAUCUACCAAAGUAUUUGAAUAUAAAGAGUGAACCAAAAGUAGGACUUCCAGAGAAGUGUGGAAUUGUAUUGGAAUAACAAACUCAGGAGAUUAAACCUGUUAUCACCAAACAGUGACAAAUAAGAAAUGUUUCCUUACAAAAUUAAUGCACUGUAAAUCAGAAAAGUGAAGAGGAGAAUGAAAGCUAUAAGGAGAUGUUUUAUAUAACACUGAUGUCAGGGUAAAUAUUGUAAGAAGUAAAUGAAUGGCAGUGAGCAAAACUGAUUUUGAGAUCUUGUGAGUGGAAGGGUUAAUAUUAUUAAUUUGGUUUGGUAAUUUUCUUGGUAUAUUAACUCAGGAUCAUGCAAUUCCCUGUUUGAUAUUUUGUUUGUAAUCCAAGAAGAAGAAAGAGAAGCAUCAUUUUAGUAAGGUAGACUAAACUCUUAUUUGACUUA